UCUCUAAACUACGCUCACACCAGUCCGAAACAGACAUGGCUUCUGUUCUGGUCGCGUUCGUCCUGGUCUUCGUGGCAUCGUUACAGUUCGUAACGACUCCGGUUUGUGGAGCUGCAUCUUGCGACUCGUCUGGACGGAAUACCUGCAUAGAUUACGACCGUGUCACGUGCCUCAUGUUAGUCACUUUGCAGUACCAAAGUUCCAGACUUAGCUGCAGCUACUACUGCCAGCCUGAUGAUGGAAGGUGCUACAAAAGAGAGAAGAACGGAAUACCUUGCUUAAUCUUUGACCGCGCAACGAAAGGCAAGUGCUACUUUGGGCGGUGUUAUACACUGACAGAAUACGGACACGUGCGUCCAACAAAAUACACUAAUAAAAAACAAGAGUGCGAGAGAGGACACGACUACAUGAAAAGCCAAAAGGGGAUCCCCUACGGAUGCAAGUACAACUGCAAGAAAGACUGGGCGAACCAUGGGUUUGCCAGGGCAGCUGAUAACAGUCAAUGUCUCGUUCUAUCGACAGCAGCAAUUGGUCAAUGUCAGGACGGCGUUUGCGUUCGUCGAUGACAGAAUGCGGACAAUGACGACAGAAGAUGAGAUGGAGAUCCCGCGAGCUACAACGGUUUUCUCAAGAGGAAUAAAUAUGUUAUCAAUCGAGAA